AUGGCUUCGAAUCAGUCAGAUCCCUCGUUAACGAGGAGCUCCUUUUCCCCGUCCGAUACGGCCAUGCUGGAGGCUUUGGUGCCAGGCUAUACACUCAUCUCACGCUUCUUCGUAUCAUAUCUCCAAAUCGAUCCGACUGCCUACCUGCAGUACUUUGUCGCGCUGGCUGUGUUAAGCGUGUCUCUGCGGUACAUCUACAACUCCGUAUCGGGAUUUUUCAUGCAGCACUUUGUCUCUUACGCUGAGAUUCGGCUCGACGAUGAACUGUUUAAUCAUGUAAUGUGGUGGAUGUCGCGGCAGUCGUUCAUGCAGCGCACCAACCACUUCGUCGCAGGCGUCAAGACGAACGGUUAUUGGAGCGAUAGCGAGGAUGAAGGCUCUGACGAGGACUCCGCGGACGAGGACUCUGACAUCUAUGAUUUCAUGGAUGACGAGACGGAAAUUCAGUCUCAAGCGAAUAUCAUCUCCCGGAAAAAGUACAAGCCUUUGAAGUUCACGCCAUCCCAGGGUCGGCAUUUCUUCUGGUACAAGGGCCGACCAAUGCUUCUGGAACGACAACAACAGAGCCAAACUGCGCGUUGGGCACUCUAUAAUGAGCGACUGUUCCUAUCAUGCCUUGGGCGCAAUUCAUCGCUCAUUAGAGAGCUCAUUGAUGAAGCGAGCAAGGAGUUUCAGAACCGCGACGGUAACAAGACAAUCAUCUAUCGUGCCCAGCGACACUCACCGGGCGAUUCUUUCAACUGGUUACGCUGCAUGGCAAGGUCACCGCGCCCAUUGUCCACUGUGAUCUUGGACAAACAUGAGAAGCAAACCCUGGUCAAAGACAUGAGGAGAUAUCUGUGCAAUCGCACUCGACGAUGGCAUUCUAAUCGAGGCAUUGCCUAUAAGCGGGGAUACUUGCUUCAUGGUCCUCCGGGCACCGGCAAGACAAGUCUAUGUUUUGCCGCUGCAGGUGCACUCGGACUGCCACUCUACCUCCUCACCCUCAAUUCCAAUGCCCUUGAUGAGGACAACCUAUACACGUUGUUUUCUGACCUGCCCAACAAAUGUAUUGUUUUGAUCGAAGACGUGGACACCGCUGGCAUUACUCACAGCCGGGGCAAGACUGGCACCAACAGAUCCAAGGGCAGCGAUUCUGUUGCUCGAGAUACAGAAGAGGCUUCCGCGGAGGACGACCCUCCACUAGACAAGUCAGAAAAAGAUGGUAUAACGCUUUCGGGCUUGUUGAAUGUCAUCGAUGGUGUUGCCUCCAGCGAGGGCCGCAUUCUUGUUAUGACAACAAACCAUGCCGAUAGGCUUGACGAGGCCCUUAUUCGAAUCGGUCGAGUGGACAUGCAAGUUUUCCUUGGAUAUGCUACCCAAGAAAACAUCAAGGAUCUUUUCACAUCUAUCUAUAUGCCGAUGGAGGGUGAUCUUCCCAACAACGACAAAGCCAAAAUUACGACGAAAUGGAGCAAUAGCCACAGCACUGAGAAGGGACGGAAUGAUACAGAGAAGAAAGAAAAGAAACAGAAAGAAUUUUGGGACCAUCUUGAAUCUCUGCGCUCUCGAAUCCACCCUCUGGCAGCCGAGUUUGCUUCUAUUGUUCCAGGAGGAAUCUUCACUGCUGCUGAGAUUCAAGGCUAUCUUCUUAAUCAUAUAGAUAACCCUGAGCUGGCCAUUGAAGGUGCAGAGGCUUGGGCUCAGGUUCUCCAAGAGAGCAAGCGUGUCCGUGAGGAAAAGUUUGCUUGA